CUAAGGAUCAUAAUCAAUGGUAAGUUAGAGAGGUUAACGGAGAGUUUGAAUGGUUAAUAAACACUUACACAUAUGUAUAUAACAUGACAAAUCAUUGAACCAUCAUGUAAAUGUUCUCAUCUUAGUUCUUUAUUCCAUUACAACAUAGUAUAAGAUAGUAAUUGUUAAUCACGAUCAAAGCAAAAUGGAGAGAACAACGUUUUUGUUUAUGUUAUGUCUCUUGAUUGGUACAACAUCAAUGGUAAUGGGUGAAGACCCUUACUUUUAUUUCACAUGGCAUGUUACAUAUGGUACACUCUCCCCUGCUGGUGUUCCUCAACAGGUUAUUCUCAUCAACAACGAAUUUCCCGGCCCCAACAUCAAUUCCACCAGUAACAAUAACCUCGUUGUUAACGUCUUCAAUGAACUCGACGAGCCUUUGCUUUUCACAUGGGCUGGAGUUCAGCAAAGGAAAAACUGUUGGCAAGAUGGUGUGCCAGGAACAAACUGUCCCAUCGCACCUGGAACAAACUACACAUACCGUUUCCAAGUGAAGGAUCAAAUCGGUAGCUACUUCUAUUAUCCUAGCUUAGGGAUGCACAGAGCAGCCGGUGGUUUCGGUGGCCUCCGCAUCAACAGCAGAUUACUCAUUCCAGUCCCAUAUGCUGAUCCCGAAGAUGAUUACACCGUCCUAAUCGGUGACUGGUUCACCAAGAGCCACUCCACCCUCAGCAAAUUACUCGACAGUGGUCGUGCCCUUGGAAGACCACAAGCUGUUCUUGUUAACGGCCAAAACGCCAAAGGUGACGGAUCUGACAAACCACUCUUCACAAUGAAGCCAGGAAAAACCUACAAAUACAGAAUCUGCAAUGUUGGUCUUAAAAACUCCCUUAACUUCGGAAUCCAAAACCACCCAAUGAAACUCGUUGAAUUCGAAGGAUCCCACACCGUCCAAAACAGUUAUGAUUCCCUUGAUGUUCACGUAGGACAAUGCUUUGGUGUUCUUGUAACCGCAGAUAAAGAACCAAAAGAUUAUUACAUGGUCGCUUCAACUCGUUUCACUAAAACUGUUAUCACUGGUAAAGGUAUUAUGCGUUAUGCCAACGGUAAAGGUCCUGCUUCACCUGAACUCCCUGAAGCUCCAGUGGGCUGGGCAUGGUCUUUGAAUCAGUUCCGUUCUUUCCGUUGGAACUUGACCGCUAGUGCUGCUAGGCCCAACCCACAAGGUUCUUACCAUUACGGUCAGAUCAACAUCACCCGUACCGUUAAGCUCAUUAACACCGUUAGCAGAGAAGGUGGAAAACUCCGUUAUGCACUUAACGGUGUCUCCCAUGUGGAUACCGAAACCCCUCUUAAACUCGCAGAAUACUACAAUGUUGCUGAGAAGGUUUUCAAGUAUGACACUAUUCCUGACAUGCCAGAAAACCUUGGAACCAGUGUUACCUUGGCACCCAAUGUUCUUAAAUUCAAACACCGUACUUUCAUUGAGAUCGUUUUUGAGAACCAUGAGAAAAGCGUCCAGUCUUAUAAUUUGGAUGGAUACUCAUUCUUCGCAGUAGCCAUAGAGCCAGGACUGUGGACACCCGAGAAAAGGAAGACAUAUAACUUGCUUGAUGCUGUGAGCAGACACACCAUUCAAGUAUUUCCAAAAUCAUGGGCUGCAAUAAUGUUGUCAUUCGACAACGUUGGAGUGUGGAAUUUGAGGUCAGAGAUUGCUGAGAAUCGUUACUUGGGACAACAAUUGUACAUUAGUGUGCCUACUCCAGAACGUUCUCUUAGGGAUGAGUACAAUCUGCCAGAGAACAGCUUGCUCUGUGGAAUUGUUAAGGAUCUUCCAAAGCCUCCUUCAUACGUCUAACUCAUCAAUGGUUGAAGCAAACUCUGCAUUCUUUUUAAGUUAUAUAUGUAUGUAACUAGAUUUCCCCUGUGAAAUUCCUCAGCAAGAUGAGCUAGGUAUUUUGUAACAGGGUGAAAAAGAGAAUAACUGGGGCUUUUGAAGCAUAAUAAGAUCUUGUUGAUCACUUGGUAUUAACUUCUUUAGAAUUUUCAUUGCGUUUUUGUACUUUGAGUAGGUGUCUUACCUACAAUUUUAUAAUAGAAAAUGUACCCCUUUCUUUUUUA